AUGCUUGAGGAUUUGCUGGAAAAGAAGGUGAUCGAAUUGCCGGAAUGUAAGCGGCCUAAGGAGAUGAACCGGGUCAACGACCCUAAAUUUUGCAAAUACCACAGAAUUGUCAGCCAUCCAGUAGAAAAGUGCUUCGUGUUGAAGGAGCUAAUUAUGAACUUAGCUAGGCAAGGAAGGAUCGAGUUGGAUGUUGACGAAAUUGCAGAGGUGAAUGUUGCCACAAUUGUGUUCGGAUCCUUUGAUCCGGUGUCGUUGCCCGUAUUGUCAAAAAGAUCGGAGUUUCAAUCUACAAGGGGCAUUGCUGGAAAAGAAGGUGAUCGAAUUGCCGGAAUGUAA